AUGCUAGCUGUGCACAACAAAGAUUCAAAGUUUCUUUUGGAAGUUUUGUCUUCUCUUGAAUCGAGCCUCGACGAAGUCAUAUCACCGCCAUUCUUCAUAAUGUCAGAUCAACUCGACCGUCAAAAUUCUAUCAAUUAUGUGGUGGGACUCCUGCGACAAGCACUUCUCGAUUCCCGUGUCGGAUGGGUUGUUCGUAUGAUGUUUGGUCCACGUGAACGUGCUCUUACCGCUGAAGAAAUUAUCUCUCUAAACAGUCGCGCGUUUCCACUCAACGCAAAACUCCCGGAUAAUUUUCUUGAAAAAUUCAAAGGUUUACCCCGGGUUCCAAUGGAGACCAUGCUUCGAAUGCUGGGAUGGAAGGAUAUUCACAAUCUGCAAUUAGUCGCUGGACCAUUUGCUGACUGUAUUGCGGCCGGUCGUCGAAACUUCCCCAUGCAUGAGUUGGUUCAGGGAGCUGCUUUGUUGGUUGGUACGGAGAAAGUUAUCGUCUAUAGGUACAACGGAAAAGUGGAAGUCAACCACGACCAGUUCGCGAGAAGUCUGCGAACAGUCCGAGUGAAAAACCUAACAUUAAAACAGGAAGGAACACUUCGUGCUGUAUCGUAUCAUAUUCCCGAACUGUCAUGCAAUACUUUAAAUCUUCGAAUCUCUGAUGCAGUUGACCCCGUGGAAGAAGAGGAAUUGGCACAAGUUGUGGAGCAGAUUAUCGUAAAUCCACAUAUCACGGAACUCAGUCUGAUCGCCAGAAAAAUAGGUGACACACGUGCAUUGAUGAAUCGUUUGGAUGCUAUUAAAGCUCGUGGUCAACAUCUCAACCAAGCAAAGUCGACAAUCGUCGUCAUCAGCCCAUAA